AUGAAGAACACAACCGCCUCCAUCGCACUAGCCGUGACCGGCCUCCUCGGGCUCGCCUCUGCCCAAGGCCUUGGAUACAUCCCCAACUGUGCCUAUCCUGUUUUGAUGGGCACUAUUGAGCAAUACAUCUCCUCGUGCACCGAGGCCAAUGACUUGAUCUGCUUCUGCAAAGACCCCGUCACGCAGUGGUACUGGAUCCAGAACACCAGCACUGGCUGCCCCAACGAGACCGAUGCCGAAGCUGCCGUCGCCUUUGGUACCCAAAUCUGCGUUGAGCUUGGGAUUCCUAUCAACUUCCCUGUUCCUGAUCCCAACGCCACCCCAUCGUCGUCUAGCGCCCCAAGCACCGCCCCGGAGCCACCCAGCUCUUCUGAACCACCAGCCUCUACAUCCGGCCCCGAUACCACGGAGCCGCCAGUAAGCUCCGCCGAGCCAUCCAUGACCGCCGAGCCCUCCAGCUCCGUCGAGCCGUCUGGCUCCUCUAGCCCCUCCAGCAGCGAUGUCGAACCAUCGAGCUCCGUCGUCGAACCCUCCGGCUCAACUAGCGCCGAGCCCACCACCAUCAUCACCUCGACCCGUCCCCCGACUGCCAGCAGCACCUCCUGCACCAAAACCAAGACAGCUACUCAGGGACCCGGUAACAAUGAUGACGAUGACGAAGACUGCACCUGCGAGGACGGUAAAGACUCCGAGCCCUCGGGGACGGGCGGCAACUCUGGCCCCACUGGCUCAGGUUCCACUCCUGGCAAGCCCUCGGCUCCCGUUACAGUCAAUAUGGCGAUGAGCAACUCUCCUAGUGCUCUCUUCAUCGCCGGCAUCGUCGCCGCCGCCGCCGGAUUGUUGUGA